AUGUCCGCAGGAGGAGCCUACAUCCCGUCGUCGCAGCAGCGCCACAUGCGCGCCUGCAUGGUGUGCUCCAUCGUGCGCACCUUCCAGCAGUUCAACAGCAGCGGCUGCCCGAACUGCGAGUCCUUCCUCGAGCUGGCCAACAACCACGAGGCGAUCCAAGACUGCACAAGCCAGGUCUUCGACGGCCUGCUCACCGUGAGCGACACGAGCAAGAGCUGGGUGGCGCGCUAUCAGCGGCUGGAGGGCUAUGUGCCCGGCGUGUACGCGGUGCAGGUGGAGGGCGUGCUGCCCGAGGAUGUGAUUGCCGCGGCGGAGAAUUCGGGCGUCCAUUAUAUCCCGCGGGAUGGUAGCGUCAGUGAGGCGCUGCCUACGGAUGCUUGA